UCGAAAGAUGCCUAUUUCCGGAAUCUCUACACAAAAGCACCCGACUUCAAGGCGAUGGCUCACCUGGACCCGGAAUUCGCAGCCGUGUUUAAUAGCGUCAAGGGACGAGACCUCAACUUUAACGACCCAAAAUCCGUUGCAAAUAGACACAAUUAUAUUCUGUGGCUCAAGGACCUGUUGGACACGACAUCAUACGACGAGCCUGGCGGGAAAGCCGUAGGGCUGGACAUUGGCACCGGGGCGAGCUGCAUAUACCCGCUGCUUGGAUGCGUCCAGCGUCCGUGGUCAUUCAUUGCAACCGACAUUGACGACAAAAGCCUGGAGUGGGCCAGAAAGAAUAUCAAGCUCAACGACCUUGAAAGCCGAAUCCAAGUCAUCAGCCGCAAGCCGGACGACGCCCUCAUCCCACUAGAAGACAUCAAAGUCGACUCCCUCGACUUCACCAUGACCAACCCGCCCUUUUACGAAUCCGAAGAGGCAAUGGUGAAAAGCGCACAAGAAAAGUCCCGCCCGCCAUUCACCGCAUGCACCGGCGCAAAGGUCGAGAUGGUGACGCAAGGCGGAGAGGUGGGCUUCAUCGAGCGCAUCUUCCAAGAGUCGCUCGUGCUGCGCGAGCGCGUGCGCUGGUACACCGCCAUGGUGGGCUUCUUGUCCAGCCUCACGCGUCUGAUAGACAAGCUGAGGGAGCACAAGAUUGACAACUACGCCGUCACCGAGUUUCAGCAGGGCAACAAGACGAGGCGGUGGGCGAUUGGAUGGAGCUUCGGCCCGUUGCGUCCUGCACAACACGUCGCGAGAGGGACCAAGGCGGCUUUGUCAAAGGGGAUCCUGCCGGGCAUCACAGAGUAUGUUGCUUUCCAGAUGCCGCUCGGCGGGAGCAUUGGUCUCUUUGCGGAGAAUCUGAGCAGCGCCGUUGGAGCACUAGAUCUCAUGUCCUGGGACUGGGACAGAGAGAAGCUCCAGGGCGUCGGAAGGGCAGUGGACAAGGUCUGGGCCCGGGCGUGGCGGCGGCGGAAGAAGCGCGAGGCGGAGGCGGGCGAACAAGGAAAGGGUGAAGACAAGGCGACGGAGCAGGUGUGCACGUUUGGCUUCCGCGUUGCCGUGAAGGUUUCGCGAGAGCAUGUCUCUGUCGAGGCGCGGUGGCUGGAAGGGCACGAUGAGUUGGCUUUUGAAAGCUUCCGCGGGUUCUUGAAG